UUGUCAAAUCAAAUACCCCCAUUUCAUUUCAUUCACCUUCUUCUCAGAAACAAAAGAAAAGAAAAAGCGUUUCAGAAUUUUCCCGCCAAUUUUCUUCCAAUCUCAACAAUGGCUCCAAAAUCCGAUAGCGCUGAAGCAAUCGUGUUGAACUUCGUCAACGAGCAAAAUAGGCCGCUGAAUACGCAAAAUGUGGCGGAUGCGUUGCAAAAGUUUAAUCUGAAGAAAGCGGCGAUACAGAAAGCGUUGGAUAGUCUUGAAAAAGGCGGGAAGAUUUCGUUUAAGGAGUAUGGUAAGCAGAAGAUAUACGUUGCUCGACAAGAUCAGUUUGAGAUUCCGAAUAAUGAAGAGCUUAAUCAGAUGAAGGAAAAGAAUGCUAAUUUGCAGAAGCAGCUUGAGGAACAGAAGAAGGUUAUUGGUGAGGUUGAAGCAGAAAUUAAGUCGUUGCAAUCAAAUUUAACAAUGGAGCAGAUCUGUGAAAAAGAAAUUGACCUUCGAAUGCAGGUUCAAGAACUGGAGAUCAAGUUGAACAAGUUACGUGGAGGUGUUACUUUGGUGAGGCCAGAAGAACGUGUGGCAGUUGAGAGUAUGUUGUCGGAGAAAAUAAGUCAGUGGAGGAAGCGUAAAAGAAUGUUCAGGGAUUUAUGGGAUACCCUCACUGAGAACUCACCUAAGGAUCCCAAAGAAUUUAAGGAGGAGCUUGGGCUAGAAUAUGAUGAAGAUGUUGGUGUGAGUUUGCAGUCAUGCAGUGACCUGAUACCGCAAGGUAAGAAGCGGCCAAGGGGACAGUGAUAUAUUUAUCGAAACUUGGAAGUCUUUCCUUCCUGAUCAAUGACACAGGUAUAUAGAUUAUAUGGAGUUUCUGACAGUACUGAACAUGAAUACAAAUUACAUAGUCAAUGUAAUGUAAGUCUUUACAAUUUAGACUCAGUUUUCGGGUUUUAGUCCACCGUCUUUUACAAGACUAACUCACCAGGGCAUGGUCUCAGUGCAAAUAUUAUUGUUUAUAUCUCUCUGGUUGCUGACAUUGGUCAUACUACAUAGCAUGCUAUCCUUGUGUAUUGAUGUUUCAGGCACAUAAUAUCUUACUUAAGUUUCAAA